CUCUGCAGCCGUCCUGGUAUCUCCGGUGGUUUCCGCGCAGCAGUCACGGGCGAGGAGGCUUUGCACUCCGCAGUCUGGCCCGCUGCUCGCCCGCAGGGAGCGUGGUGGAGCCCUGUGCUGGGCACUAGUCUGGCGGGGCGCAGGCUCCGCCCUGCUUCGCUCCGCCCCAUCUGGGCUCGGGAUAAAGGCCUCCACUGGGACAUGUCGUGUCCCCCUCAGCGAGGGCAGGAGACGGUGAAAAGCGGCGGCGCUGCCAGAGAGGGAAAUGUCAUCAGUGGAAACACAGCAAGAGCAGUUGCCUCAGUCAGAUCCAUCUCCAUCACCAAACUCAUGUAGCUCCUUUGAACUAAUAGACAUGGACGCUGGCGGCUUGUAUGAACCAGUUUCUCCUCAUUGGUUUUAUUGUAAGAUAAUAGAUUCUAAAGAGACAUGGAUUCCUUUCAACUCUGUGGAUUCACAGCAACUGGAAGAGGCAUAUGGCUCUGGAAAAGAUUGUAAUGGGAGAGUUGUCCCCACUGAUGGGGGCAGGUAUGAUGUUCACUUGGGGGAGAGGAUGCGAUAUGCUGUAUAUUGGGAUGAGCUGGCAUCGGAAGUGAGACGAUGUACCUGGUUUUACAAGGGAGACAAAGAUAAUAAGUAUAUUCCAUACUCCGAGAGCUUCAGCCAAGUAUUAGAGGAAACUUACAGACUUGCUGUAACUCUUGAUGAAUGGAAAAAGAAACUGGAGUCUCCCAACAGAGAAAUUAUUAUAUUACACAAUCCAAAGCUUAUGGUGCAUUACCAACCAGUUGCGGGGUCUGAUGAAUGGGGUUCAACACCCACUGAGCAGGGUCGACCAAGAACAGUAAAAAGAGGGGUUGAGAACAUCUCUGUUGACAUUCAUUGUGGAGAACCUUUACAAAUAGACCACUUGGUUUUUGUAGUCCAUGGGAUUGGACCAGCUUGUGAUCUCCGCUUUCGAAGCAUUGUACAGUGUGUUAAUGAUUUUCGCAAUGUUUCCUUGAACCUGCUACAAACGCAUUUUAAGAAAGCCCAAGAAAAUCAGCAGAUUGGGAGGGUAGAGUUUCUUCCAGUCAACUGGCACAGUCCUUUGCAUUCUACCGGUGUGGAUGUAGAUCUGCAGCGAAUAACCCUGCCCAGCAUUAACCGCCUACGGCACUUCACCAACGAUACAAUUCUGGAUGUCUUCUUCUACAAUAGCCCCACUUACUGUCAGACUAUUGUGGACACAGUUGCUUCUGAAAUGAACCGAAUAUAUACACUUUUUCUGCAGAGGAACCCUGAUUUCAAAGGGGGUGUAUCCAUUGCUGGCCAUAGCUUAGGUUCACUUAUAUUGUUUGACAUCCUAACAAAUCAGAAAGAUUCUUUGGGGAGUAUUGACAGUGAAAAGGAUUCACCAAAUAGGGAUCAAGGAGACACGCCAACGCUAGAGGAAGAUCUGAAGAAACUUCAACUUUCUGAAUUCCUUGGUAUAUUUGAGAAGGAGAAAGUAGAUAAGGAAGCUCUGGCUUUAUGUACAGACAAAGAUCUUCAGGAAAUGGGAAUUCCCUUAGGACCAAGAAAGAAGAUAUUAAAUUACUUUAGGACCAGAGAAAGUUCAAUGGGUAUUACUAGACCAUCUCUGCAAUCAGCUUCAGGGACAAAUAUGUCUAAUAUUCCCAAAGAUUCGGAGUUCUGCAGUAGUGCCAAUGGUACUGGGAAUGACUAUCUGGAUGUUGGCAUUGGGCAGGUGUCUGUAAAAUACCCCCGGCUCAUCUAUAAACCAGAAAUAUUCUUUGCCUUUGGAUCUCCCAUUGGAAUGUUCCUUACUGUUCGAGGACUAAAAAGAAUUGAUCCCAACUACAGAUUUCCAACAUGCAAAGGUUUCUUCAAUAUUUAUCACCCUUUUGAUCCUGUGGCUUAUAGAAUUGAACCAAUGGUGGUCCCAGGAGUGGAAUUUGAGCCAAUGCUGAUCCCACAUCAUAAAGGCAGGAAACGGAUGCACUUAGAACUGAGAGAGGGCUUGACCAGGAUGAGCAUGGACCUUAAGAACAACUUGCUAGGUUCACUGCGGACGGCCUGGAAAUCUUUUACCAGAGCUCCAUACCCUGCCUUACAAGCUUCAGAAACUGUGGAAGAAACUGAAACAGAACCUGAGUCAAGUUCAGAGAAGCCUAGUGAUGAUAACGCAGAAGAGACCUCUGCAGCAGUUAAAGAAGAAGCACCCCCCAUCAGUGUGGGAAUGCUUAAUGGAGGUCAGCGCAUUGACUACGUGCUACAGGAGAAGCCCAUUGAGAGUUUCAAUGAGUAUUUAUUUGCUUUACAGAGCCAUCUAUGCUACUGGGAGUCUGAAGAUACAGUGUUGCUGGUCCUCAAAGAAAUCUACCAAACCCAGGGUGUCUUCCUUGAUCAGCCUUUACAGUAGAACUGAAUCUUCUAUGGUUGUUUAUUAUGGACCUUGUGGGAUCCUUUCCCAGAAAACCCACCUGUGUGUUCCUGCAGUUUUUCUCUCCUCAGCUGCAUCAUUGCUUGCAUGUUGCCUGCCACUCACUCACCAUUCGGGGCUUUGUAAGAUAAUCUUCCACUUUGGAAGUGAGAGGAUAAACAAAGGGAAAACACAUUACUUUGUAACCACUGGCUUCAUAUAUAUGCUUGCCAUUCUUUCUUCAUAGCUGGGGGUGGUUUGCAUACUUAAUUCUUUGAUGAUAGUAUAUAGGUGCCACACUUUAUUGCUUAUGUCAGAUGGUAUUGCCUGUUCUGAGUUUGAUUUGGGUUGGUAGAAAUUUUUCUAGGAAAUAAUUCUAGUUUGGAAGCAGACUAUUGGAAGCAGGCACUUGGGACACGCAUCUCUCAUUAGUGUUCUCUGCACUUGAAAACUAAGUCUAAGCGGACAUGGAAAAGGCUGUUGAGCAGUCAUUCCUUUGAGCCAUCUUUUUUUACAAAUCCUGUAUGAAGAAAGACUAAAAUGUAGCUUUAAAAAGUAUUGUUUACUCUCUCUCCAGCUGACUGACAGGUUUAUUGCUAAGAAUCACUGAUACUUUGCUGUUCAUUGUUUUUACAGUUGUUUGAACUCAUCUGAGAGUAUAAAUGGACUAAUUAGUUCACAUUAGGUGCGUCUUUAUAAGGCAUGUUAUAUAUCUAGAAGAAGUCUGACUUACUUAUUUGAUAGUAGCUAAUGUUCUUGAGGGUAAAGCUUUUAUAAAAGCUGACAAAUGCAGCCUUGAAUUAAUAAAAUCUCUUAGUGGUGCAUUUAUGGUGGAAUAGAAUUGUGGAAGUCACCCACCAUAUCGACUUGGGUGAAGGUAGUAUUGUGUGUCCUCUUUAAAAACACUUUGUAAACAUCAUUACCUUCUUAGAUACCCAUAAAUCAGAAUGCUUAUUUAAAAUGCUCAUGGCUCAGGAGUGUUGGUUGAGCAGGUAGGUUUGGCUAGGGGAAAAAGUUUCUUAUUCUAAAAGAAAAACAUGCCUAUAUGGGCCAAUGAACAGCUACUGCAGAGUCAGCAUCAGCACAUACAAAGUGAGGUGUGCCUUGAAGAAAACGAGUGAAUAUAGACUAAUUUUUUUCCAAGGCAUCUACUCACCACUGUUCCAUAUUUUCUUUCUCAAGUUGGUCCAAGUUUGUCAUUGUCUUUGCAGUUUUCUUUGUGAUAUACUUCCCUCAGAUUUCCACAGGCCAUGGAAUAGGCAGGCAAGCUGUGUUUUUCUUUCUUUCUUUCCUUUUUAAUGUACCGUGGUAUCAAAAGCACUGGCAUUAACAUUCACUUAAGCCAUCCCUUCAACAGCAUUGGACUUUCUCUCUUUCUGGAGAGAAAAGGUAGGGGGUAAAUUAGUGUCACCCUAGAGAUGGUAGAGGUAAGGUUGGGGUACAGGUUAGAGGCUGGCCUUUCUUUUCCCAUCUAUUUAUAGACUAAUGUUGACUAAGUCACUAAGUAGUUUCAGAUAAACUGAAUACUUUAUUUUCUUUAUACAGAAAUUCUGAAUUUGAAGUAAGGGUUAUUGAGAAUUAAGUAGCAUUCAAUAUAUAUUAUAGGGAAAGCUUUAUGCUCUAACAGAAUUGGUACUAUUUAAGAGUAAACCAAAGCACAAGCAAAAGUGAGUUCUUAUAACCAAAGAUGAACAACAUACCUCUGGAUAGCUAGAUAAAGCAAUUCUUGUACUAAGAAAUGUUUUUUUCUUGAUGGUGAGGGACAGUAAUUGUAAAAGAGCUUUAUAUCUUGUCUAUCCACUUGUGGUAUUUUGGUUGUAUAUUACACAGGGUAAUAAGCUGGAUUAUUUUUUCCUCUGGAAACUGAAAUAUUUAUGAAUUGUACAGCUUUAUAAAGAAAAGUAACAAAGGCAAAUGACUUAGAGCCAGAAAGUCUUAAGUACCCUAGGAUGUACCAAUUUCAACACUUGCUGAGUAAGGCAAGCUGAAGUGGGGGGCAAAAUUGUCUCUUAGUUUCCCUUUGCUUCCUUAGUAGCUAAAUUGAUAUGCAUUCUAAUGUACAAAGUUAUGUUGAGUCAGUAAAUGUUAAUUGUUUCAAAGGACUACAUAUCUUGAAAGCAGUCAUUUCUGUCCUGGUUGUAAUUAAGGGAAGUCACCAUAUUUACAUUUUUAAUUUACUUGCAUCUUAGGGGACAUAUUUCAUUAAAAAUAAAAAGCAACUCUUUAUUCUAAAAGUUAAGAAACAUCUAGAAGAAAAUACAAAUAAGCAUUCUAAUCAUGAUACAAUGUAAUAAGGCAAUGGAUGCCUUUCUGGCAGGGAAUAACAACAGAACAUUUAAAAAUGAUAGCCAAAUGGAUAUCAAAUGUCAGCUAAUGUAGCAAGUUUCACUCGAUUUGGAGAAUUUCUGGGGUGGUGAACAGGUGGAGGUACAGGGAGAGGGGAGAAGUGAGGGGCCAGAAACUCCAUACUCCUUUCCCAUACCUUGUCUUGUGCAUCUGUCCCACUUGGCUGGCUGUUCCUGCAUUCAGCUGUUGACAUAAAAACAUCCAAACCUACCUCUCUCAUUCCUUGCACAUCCACUCCCUUAAUCAUUAAGCUCCAUGGAUAUUUAGGUUCUAAGGUCUAGCAUUAAACAAAGCCUCGGGUCUCAAUAACAUGACCAUUUUUCCUUUUUAUAUUUAUUUGCAACUUCCACAAAUCUCCAGAAAGAUCGUAUUUGCUUAUUUCUUGUUCAACUAACAGCUAGAUGAAGACAUUUCAUAGGGUGGUAUUUUGGAUUUUGGGGGCCCUUGUAUGCUGGCACAUAAGAGGAUUCUGAUUCCUGAACCUGGAAGCUCCAAUAAGCUUGAUUUAAAUCCUUUAUUUAGUUGUAUAUAUUUUUAAAUCAUUUUUAUUUUUCAAUUACAGUUGAAAGCAGUAUUACAUUAGUUUCAGGUAUACAACCCAGUGAUUAGACACUGUAUAACUAAAUAAUCAUCCCAAUAAACCUCAUAUCCCUCUAACACCAUACAGUUAUUAGAAUAGUAUUGACUAUUCCCUGUGCUGUACUUUACAUCCAUCCCCAUGACUAUUCUGUAGCAACCAAUUUGUACUUCUUAAUCCCCUCAACCUUUGUCACCCAGCUCCUAUAACCUCCUUCCUAUCUGGCAACCAUCAAAGUAAUCUCUGUAUUUAUGAGUCUGUGUCUGUUUUGCAUGUUCAUUUAUUUUUUAGAUUCAAUUGAUGAUAGAUAUGUAUUGCCAUUUUAUUGUUCAUAUUUUUGAUCUUAAAGAAGACCCUUUAACACUUCAUAUAAUACUAGUUUGGUAAUGAUGAACUCCUUUAGCUUUUUCUUGUCUGGGAAGCUCUUUGUCUGUCUGUAUAUUCUAAGUGAGUGCUCUGCUGGGUGGAUUAAUAUUGGAUGUAGGUCCUUGCUUUUUAUAAUUUUGAGUAUUUCUUGCCAAUCCCUUCCAGCCUGAAGUUUCUUUUGAGAAAUCAGCUAAUAGUCUUAUGGGGGCUCCCCUGUAGUUAACUC